GCGGCGGUGAGGAUGUCCGAUGUGUCUGAUGCGGUCGUCAAGAAGCGCGGCCUCCCGCCGGGCGAGGAUCUUCCUGAUGGCGCGGCCAAGCCGCCGGUUGUGGGACGUAUCGAGGCGCUCGAUUUCCUGGGUCUGAGCGACGACGAGAAGCAGUUGUUCCUGGGCUUCACCUUUGCUUACUACCGCGAGGCGGAGCUCAAGCACGGCAGGCUCGCGAUGCUCGCGGCCGUCGCGUGGCCGACUCAGGAGAUCUUCAACCCGAUCCUGACCGACGCCCUCGGCCUGAAGGACGCGCUGGCGGCGUCUGGAGGCGCGUCGCCCUCGCUGCUCAACGGCGGCCUCUUCCAGCUCGAGGUGCUCCCCGCGGUGCUCCUCUUCGCAUGGGGCAGCUCCAAGCUCGAGCGGUCGGACUUGGACACGCGCGGCCAGCUCGGGCUCAAAUGGAACGAGUACGCAAACGGCUUCGGCUUCUUCGGCCGCACGCCGGGCGACUUCCGCUUCGACCCGCUCAACUUCUACAAGCCGCUCUCGUUCGAGGACAAGGUGGCGGUGCAGGAGCGGGAGCUGCUCAACGGCCGCGUCGCCAUGCUCGCCGUGGCGUCGUACGUAGCGACCGAGUUCGUGACGCGCAUGCCAGUCGUGAAGGCGACGCCGCUCCUCUUCGAGCCCCUCAUCUUCUCGCCGUGGUUUCGCUCCUUCAUGGACGCGUCCUUUGGCGCGGCCGGCAUGGGCGCGGGGAGGAUGUGAUAGCUACACUGUCAGCGGUGUGGGUUUCGGUUACCGAAAUGGUGCCUCUCUCGCUAAAAGUACCUGGGCCCCUUAACCCCGCCCAAGCAGCGAAGCUCUCGCCUGGCAGCGCUCGCGCGCUCCCCAGCUCGUGGCCGACUCCCCGUCAGCCAGAGGCCCCGCCACCCAUCAGCCCACCGCGCCGCUGAACGCGCCCGCGGCGUCGUGGAAGAAGGGCAGGUCGUUGUACAGCGAGAGGGAGACGGGCUUGGGCAAGCGCAGCACAUCAGCCAGCCUGACGCGCUGCAGCUGUAGGUUGGUCUGGUGCCGCCAGUAGAGGGUGGCGUUCCUGUGGUCGUAGAUGUGCCCGUAGUGAGUGUGGUCCGCUCUUCCCUCGCCAAAGCCGCUGUCUGUCCCCAUCUGCUCGCCCAUCGGGACGGUGAUCGAGUUGAGGACAUGCAAGGCGUGCUGCACCGCCUCCUGGUACGAGCGCGGCGUCGGCAUCGCAGACUUGAGCAGAAAGAUGCGCAGGAAGCGCUCGUCGGGGUAAAAGGCGCCUGGCACGGUCGUCGCCGGGCGCGCGAGGCUCUGCUUCCACAGAAAGUGCUUCACGUUGGCGACCUGCCACGGGAACGGCGGCUCGUUCGUGAAGACACCGACGCCGCUGGCGCCGUCGUUGGCGUCGUCGUAGAGCCUGACCGCCUCCUCCAUAAACUCGACCGCGAGCCCG